ACUAGAAAGUUCGUGCCAAAAUCUAGCCUUUUCUAUAGAUCAGAACAAAACAGGUGCGCCAUCAAUCGGAUUUAAAAUAGUCGCUUGUCACAAGCUGCUUCCAUCAAUUUGUGAUCAGUACUACUUCCUCCCUUUCUGAGAUCGGAUCUAAAGUUCGAGACGAGGACACGAAAUGGUUGCAAAACCGAAAGUUUUCAUCAGAAUUGACUACCGGAAACGGGCACUAGAAAAAUAUCAAAAUCUUGCUAAAUUCGCAACCGAUCUGGAACACUUCUUGGAGGAAUUUGACAGUAUAGUGGGUAAACAGCGGGUUCCUCCUCAACGUUAUCACCGCUUGUUCAACGAUAUCGGAGAGACUGUUAAAAAAUUGCUGGCCAAGUAUGAAUCCAUUAGCCAGUACAGUUGCUGGAAUCAGAAAUACGAAGAACUAUUCUGCUGCUCGCAGUUGUUCGUUGAUUUUGACGAAUUUAGAGAACACUAUUUGAAGUGUCACUACACACCGCGUAUAGUGGAUGAUAAAGUCAUACAGUUACAAUCGGCACGAACUAAGCUAGAAAUUAUGCGAGUUUUGUUGGAGGAAUAUUUGAGAGUUGGGUCUGAAUACACAGCCGUCAUAGAUGUCAAUUUGAGGAAACUAUUAGCAAAAGUAAGUCGAACUUAUGGACUAGUGGACGAAUCCGAAUAAACAACAGAUUUCUUAAUAAUUUAAAGCAAUACAAAACAGAUUUAUUGUCAACAGAAUGACAGAGUAAAAAUAAAACAGUGUAAUAAAUUUCACGGAACAAA